AUGACCUUGUUCCCCACCAAGUUUGAAAAUGGGAAGAUUGAGUACAAGAUAAGGUACAAGGGGAGAUCAAGGCCAUUCUCUAGAGCCAAGGCCUUGUUAAGUUUAGGUGUCAAAGGAGCCAGCUCGACCGACAGCUCGAUCGAGCUAGAAACAGGGCAACUCGAUCGAGUUCCUCAACUCGACCGAAGUUCUAGCUUACUGUUCUUCAAUUCAUCAUUCAAGCAAGGAACCAACUUCAAGAAGCAACAGUUUAAGAUGUUGAGAGGUGAAGGAAGCAAGCAGCGUUCACAAGAGGGAGAUAACGAGAGGAGCAAGGAGGAUACUCAAGACACUGACCAAGGAGGAUGA